CUUAGACUGAAGAGAAACAGAGCGCCAGAGUCUGCUGGGAAUAAACAAGGAGCCCUAACAUGCGCCAGGUGGUUUGAUUCACCGAGGUCUACCUGAGAGUCACCCUACCUGUCGGACGAGGACACCGGUAUGUACCCCAACUUACAGUCGGCCAGACACCCGGCUCAGACACUGCCACUGAACAGUCAGUACUUUCCACCUCCGUAUGACUUCACAAGUUACCAUCACGUCACGGGAGUCAGUGACCCGUCGACAAGUGUCUGGAACUCCGUCUACGCUCCCCGGGAGGAGUAUCCGUACAGCUUCCCGGGGUCAAGCCCCAGCGCGGGACAGGUCAGCUUCUCCACCCCGGAGCUGAGCAGCACGCCCACCGCCGCUGGAGGGGGGUCGUUCACCCCGUACAACUUCAUCUCGGAACAGGACCCCUUCAGCUCCAGGAGGAGACCAAAUGAAUCCAUCAGACCGUCCGUUUCAGGUGGGACUUUCAUACUGGAUACCAUGGCACCAUCAAAGACUCGCACUAAGGACAAGUACAGGGUGGUGUACACUGACCAUCAACGCCUGGAGCUGGAGAAGGAGUUUCAGUACAACCGCUACAUCACCAUAAGGAGGAAGACUGAGCUGUCAAUGGCACUGAGCCUCUCGGAGAGACAGGUGAAGAUCUGGUUUCAGAACAGACGUGCGAAAGAGAGAAAGAUAACCCGGAAGAAGCUGCAGCCUUCUCAGCAGGCCUCCACAACUACACCCACACCGCCUGCACUGGGUGGACCCGCUGACACCAACAGCAGCAACAUUAUGUCUGAUACGAUAUCAGAGGAAUACUAGGUGGAUUUUAUAUGGAAGACUGAUACAGCAUGAAAUAUGUACAUAGAGCUAUUUUGUUUUUACAAGUUUGCCACAGAAUGAAUGAAGAUGAUUCACAUCACCUUGAUGUUAAUGCUGCACCUCCUGCCUUUCACAAUGACAAGCACUACAUGUCUGUUGCACUGAUCUUCUCUAGUAGGAAUUUGCCAAUCACAGGACUUUAAUGUAAUUAUUUUUAGCACCAAGAUACUGAUUAAAAGGACAAAGAAUCACAGGUUAACUUUUGCGUGCCUUCUUUAAGAAUAGUUGGUAAACUAACAAUGAAAAAAGCAUUUCAAUAGUUCAUUUUUUUUUUACAUAAACACAAUGUUGAAAUGUGUCUGAAUCUUGGUUAAUAAAAAUGACAAUAAGUUUGUUUAUCUAUA